GACGUAUAAACGGCCAUGUUUUCUUCUUCUAAUUUUUGCUUUAAUUGAAAAAAAUUUUUGAUUGAAUUUUAACAAAAAAAAUUGUCUUGAAAGAUUCUAAUUUUUUAUUGAAAAUAACUAAAACAAAGGAGAGUAGGUAAAACAGUUUUUAUAUGAGUUUGGUGGUGAUAAAAAGGUUUGUAUAAGCACGUAGCAAGGACGCAGUAAAAGCAGUUGAUACAACAAUAUAAAAUUACUUAAAAAAAAUGACACAAUAUCUGCCGCCAAAUCUUUUGGCUUUAUUUGCGGCUAGGGAUCCGAUAGCGUAUAUGCCGCCAGUCGAUAAAUUGCCACAUGAAAAGAAAUCAAGGGGAUAUUUAGGUGUUGGAAAAUUUUUAAGUGAUUUUGAGGAUCCUAAGGAUACUCCGCCGCCGAAAAAAGUUGAAACGCGUCAAGAGCGUUUGGAACGACGACGACGCGAAAAAGCUGAACAGGUAGCGUAUAAAUUAGAACGUGAAAUAGCUUUAUGGGAUCCGCAGGAAAUUAAAAAUGCUACAGAGGAUCCAUUUAGAACGUUGUUUGUGGCGCGCAUCAACUAUGAUACAUCUGAAUCGAAACUGCGCCGAGAAUUCGAGAUCUACGGUCCCAUCAAGAAAAUCGUUAUGAUCACUGAUCAAGAAACGGGCAAACCCAAAUCCAAAGGGUAUGCGUUCAUAGAGUACGAACACGAGCAUGAUAUGCAUGCCGCAUAUAAACAUGCCGAUGGUAAGAAAAUUGAUGGUAAGCGAGUAUUGGUUGAUGUAGAACGGGCACGUACUGUCAAAGGUUGGUUGCCACGUCGCCUUGGCGGCGGUUUAGGUGGUACCCGCCGUGGUGGCAACGAUGUCAAUAUUAAACAUUCUGGUCGAGAGGACAACAAACGCGAACGUGAACGUUACCGUCUCGAACGUGAACGUGAAGAUCGUGAAAAUGCUAGAGCUGUAGAACGUGGACGAUUUGGAGCUGCGGAUAGUAUACGACGGCGCUCGCAAUCGCGGGAUCGGAUUAGAGAACGUGAACGUGAGCGAUCGCGUCGUUCUCGCAGCAGAUCGCGGGAGCGUAGAAAACGUCGCGGAAGUCGUGAACGUGACUAUGACGAUUUCGAUAGGCGCGAUCGUCGUGAAAAGGAUCGCGAGCGUGAACGUGAGCGUGAUAGGAAAAAGAAGCGCUCAAAAUCACGCGAAAGAGAUUCGUCUCGUGACAGACGUGAAAGGAAACGAGAUCGCCGUGAUAAGGAACGCGAUCGCGAUCGCAGUGAAACAAAAGAACGUAAACCCGAUUUCCGCGAUAUGGAGAUCAUUAAAAUAAAAGAAGAGCCCGUUGAUGAUGGUUACCCUACGUAUCCGAUGAACUCAUUUCAGGCAACAAACAUUAAACGUGAAAAUGACGAAGAGCACGAAGAAAAGUAUCGCCCACCACAUGAUAUGUUCAGUGUGCCACCACCAUCGAUACCAGGACGUGGGAGUGGAGGUGGAGGUGAGAACGGUCAAAAUUCUAAUGAGAACCAACAGUCAUGGUGGCGCUAAGGCGCUCACUAGAAAUCAUACUUUGAGGGGUGUUUAUACUGAAAUUCACUUUUCCUCUACCUAUACAUAACGUAUCUAUCUAUAAAAUAUAAAGCCAUUUCUGCGAAAGUGGGAGUGAAUUUUGAAUUGUAGCCAGGAUAAAAACAAACAUAACGAUGAUGAUGAACAAAAACACAAUGGGAUUUCAAAAUUCAAAUUUCUCCAAAAAAAAUGGCUUUUACUAACAUUACAUUUUUUUAUUAUUAUUAUUAUUUACAAUUAGGUUAAAAAUAGAAAUCAGGAGAGAACAGAGCAAAUACAACUAAUGCAUAUAUUUUUGGUAAAUAACGUGCGCUUAUCACAAAAAUAAUAGCUAUGAAAAAAAGAUUUACUUUGUUUAGCAAGUUUUCUAGUUUUGUCUGCUCGAAUAUUAUAGUUUAUUUGUAGUUUUAUGAGGAAUUUUGGUAUGAGAACUAAUCAUUGGCCUAUAAUUUCAUUUUCCAAUAUAUCAAAUUUUAUCUAAUCUAUUUAUCCAAUAAUAACAGCAAUUAGAAGAAAGCAAACACAAAAAGAUUUGGCAAUGAAAUCUCUUGUUCGGGAAUUUUUAAAAGUUAAGAAACCUUUAUGACAUGUUUUUAUCUGCAUUGGUCUUGUCAUUUCAUUUGAAAAACUCGCGUAACAAAAUUUAUAUCGAUGAUCAAAAUGAUAUUCCACAUCAUAUGUUGUGUCUGUAAAUUUAAAUUCAAGAAGACCAUAAGUAUAACCAGCAUAGAAAAAAAAGUAGAAGUAGGAAAUUAAACAUUUCGACAUAGAAUCUUCCAAGAUUCACAUAAUAAAGUUGGUUUAUUAACUUGUCAGUAGUUGAUGCGAAAAAUUUGGCCACUGUGGUAUAUAAAAUAGUUUAAUGUUGGUUGUUUGAAAAUCCGUUCAAAGUUUCUUGACUUCGGAAACUUUUCGUAUUUACAUUUAAAUUUUGAGUGUAUUUAUUCUUUUUAAGAGAUUUUAUUGCUUCUGUAAAUGUUUAUAUAGCAUUUCUCAUUUUAAGACGCAGUGAAUACUGACAAUGAUAAUGAUAAUUAUAAGAUUUAAUGAAUAUUUUCCUUUCCUAAAUUAAGAAUGAUCCACUCGAUGUGAACUCAUACAGUAAGUAAAGUCUUAAAACAAAUGGUAUGUGUUUGUACGUGUAUUUGUUUCCCUCUCAGGUAAGGGGGUACUGAUAAACUUCACUGGUGCUCUUAAAUAUAACUGCGAUCGCGGCACAGUGAAGCGCCGUAAGAAGAAAUAAUCAUCGUUCAUAUUCUUGUGGUAUACUUUUUUAGCAAUAUAAAAUCCCAUGGUGGUUCGUGGGAUGUCCUUUUCUCUCUUCUUUUGUUUGUUUUAAACAUUUUUAUUGAGCUUUGAAGCUCUUUUAAUAUUGAAAAAUACU